GCUGUGCCCACCGCCGACCCGCGUCAGCCGCGGCUCUGCCCACGGCGGGAGGGCCAAGUUCUCCUACAGAGUCUGAGAACCAUCAUAGCUUGGUCGACAGAAUUUUCCUUCUUUUGGGAUACGGAAUAAUCCCGCUGGGACAGCUUUUCACUUCUUUUGAGUUGUUAAGUUUCUUCUCUCUUGUUAUGCAGAGUAGCGGCCGCAGGGAGAUUGGAGAUGCAUUGGGAAUGUGAUAGCGCUUUUUUAAACGACGCUCAUCUCUUUAAGUUAGGAUUCAGCAUCAUUGAUUCUGAUCAUAUUUGAUUGAUAUGAUGUUUUUUCCUUUACAGCAAACCUUCCUCUUACUCCCUGCCUGGAAUGGAGAUUUCUUCCCACCAGUCUCACCUCCUGGAGCAGCUGAACGAGCAGCGGAAGCAGGACUUGUUCUGUGACUGCAACAUCCUGGUGGAGGGCAAGGUCUUCAAAGCCCAUCGCAAUGUGCUGUUUGCCAGCAGCGGCUACUUCAAAAUGCUCCUUUCGCAGAGCUCGAAGGAGACAGGUCAGCCAACCAUAGCCACGUUUGAGGUCUUCUCUCCAGAGACGUUCAUGGUCAUCCUGGACUUUGUGUAUUCAGGGAUAUUGUCUUUAACGGGUCAGAAUGUGAUCGAAGUCAUGUCAGCUGCCAGUUAUCUGCAGAUGACAGAUAUCCUCAAUGUCUGCAAGACCUUCAUUAAGUCCUCACUGGAUAUUAAUGAAAAGGAAAAGGAUCACUACCUCAGCCUCUCGGCCAAAAGUGCGAGCACUGACCCUACCCCCGCCCGCCCGGCUCUUUAUCGCUCCAGAAGGAAAGCGAAGAGCAACCCCCGGCGUUCCUGCUCGAUCCCAGACGAAAAACCCAACGGGAAUGAAAACUCCUGGAGCAGUUACAGCAGCUACCUGUCCUCACAGGUGAUCCUGCAGCGGGCAGAGACCCAGCUGUCCAAAAGAGGCAGGAAACAGGGCUCCGUGAGGAAGCGCCGCAAGCACCUGGGGCUGUCGCAGAGCCGGGAGCUGGGAGGGUGCAAAUCGGACAGAGCGGAGCGAGCUGGAGCCUCGGAUCCCGCUCACAUCUCCCACGGGGGAGAGGAGGCUGAGUUUGAUGCUGAGAACGACGUGGAUCGGGAUGAUUUUGGAUAUCAUCCCGGAGCAGAGGCCGCAGCCAAGAAGUGGUCGGUUGCUCAGCUAGAACAAGAACUUUCCACAACUCCUGAGUUCAUGGAGUUAAAGGCAGAAGAACUGUACACCUCAAUGCCCACAAUUUUAGGGGUAAUGAGUAGCUGGAAUGAAGGUGACCUGCCCCGGAUGCGUUUCAAGUGCCCGUUCUGCACGCACACGGUGAAGCGGCGGGCGGACCUGAAGCGCCACCUGCGGUGUCACACCGGGGAGCGGCCCUACCCCUGCGAGGCCUGCGGGAAGAGGUUCACCCGCCUGGAGCACCUCCGCAACCACUUCCAAACGAUACACCAAGCUGGCAAACUGAUCUGCAGGAAGUGCAAGCGCCACGUCACGGAGCUGACGGGCUGCGUGGUGCAGCAAGGGACGCGGCGCUACAGACUGUGCCACAAGUGCUUGGCAGAAGCCAAUUUCGACAGCAUCCCCGAGGAUUUCAAUCCAGCUGAACAUUCUCCUGUCUCCUCCACGGGAAACAAACGCCCCAGAUGGGCUCUGGAGGAGGAGCAGAAAUCAGAUGAAGAGACAGUGGAGGAGGAGCCCUAUAAUUUGGUUGUCCGACACAAUAACGAAGAUAUUCCGGAUGAGGUAAAGGAAAAGGUGAAGCCGAAUCUUAGGUAGAUCUUUGUGUAUUUGUUGUUGUUGUGUUCAAGAUUAAAUGACUCGUGUCCUACCAACUAAUGCUUUUAAUAAAAUGAAGUAUUGCUAAAG